GUGACAUUAUUUUUCCUCUUCGGCCAUUUUACAAUCAUCGUUUCGUUGUGGGAUUGUUAGGUGUCUAACAAUUUUAACUAGUUCUUCGAAAAGCUUUAUACAGAAAUCAUGGCAGAUGGUAUGCAAUCAUACAACGGAGGUGGUGACAGCGGAAAUCGUGCAGAUGAAGACAAUAGUAGGAAACUGUUUGUUGGCGGAUUGAGUUGGGAAACUACACAGGAGGAACUGCAGGAGUAUUUCUCUAAGUAUGGAACGGUGGUCAAGUGUAUCCUCAAGACAGACCCCAACACCGGUCGUUCACGAGGAUUCGGUUUCGUCGUGUUUGAAGACAAAGAUGUCAUUGAAGGCGUGAUGUCGUCAACUCACACGCUGAAUGGACGUCAGAUUGACCCGAAGAGAGCGAAGUCUCGCCCGGGACAGGAACCGAUCAAGAAAAUCUUCGUCGGCGGUCUGGAUCCGGACGCGACGGACGAUGACAUUCGUAGUUCGUUCUCCGAGUACGGCAUGGUUGAGAACAUUGAGCGACCAUUUGACAAGAUCAACAACAAGGCGCGUCCGUUCGCGUUUGUAACGUUCGAGACCGAAGAGAUCGUUAAUGACAUCGUGAAGCAUGGAAAGAUGAUGGUCGCCGGAAAGGAGUGUGAUGUAAAGAAGGCAACACCGAGAGAGGACCGGCAGGGCGGACGCGGGGGCGCACGAGGAGGCCGUGGAGGCGCCCGCGGCGGCGGCAGGGGAGGAAGCUACAGCCAGGGUGGAUGGGGCGGCUAUGGAAACUACGACCAGAGUGGAUACGGCCAGGGAUACGGAAGCUACGACUACGGUCAAUACGGCGGCUAUGGUAGCUACGGAGGACAAGGUUACGACUACAGCGGCUGGGGACAGGGAUACGGCCAGGGAGGACAGGGAUACGACUACAGCGGAUAUGGUCAACAAGGGGGAUACAAGGGAGGUUCCAGCAGCGUUGCUAAGCGUGGAGGUGGCAGCAGCAGCUACAAGCCGUACUAGACAUUCCUUGUUAAUCCCAUGAGUGGGUUUCGCUCUGCCAUUGGUCAGUCUCCAUGAAAGAAAGAUCACAGUCUGUGGAUAGCAUCAUCACUUGUACCCAGCGUCCUUAUUCUUUGUUUGACAUAUAUAUACCACUUAACUGUAUUGCUUGAAUAAGGUUUUCUCGUGAAAUGCAUGGAUGAACGAUGGAUUUUGCAAUCGUGAGAAAGUAUGUGAGCAAAGGUGGUUUUUCUUUUUAAGUUGCACUUGGAUGUUUAAUCGGUAUUGCCCCGAAACAUUUUCAGUUGCUUGUAGAGUGAAGUUCAUUCGCAAACUGUUUUGAACUCAUUGUGUUUGUCAUAAACAAAUAUUUCGUAUAUUCGAGUACAAUUUUACCAUUUCACGUGUAUCAAAACAAACUUGUGUGACUAAUUAUAAUAGCUGGUGUUCGAUUUUAGAGUAGUUAAUAUACUUUGUCCCUGAAAUCAUUGCUGUACACAUGUAUGUCUUGUGAAGUACUGUUUUAUAAAAAAAAAUUGAAACUACA